CACACACACACACACACACACAAAUUAUAUACCUAGCAUGAUGCAUCCCACAACUUGGAUCCAUGUCAGGUAUAUUUGACUAAAGGAAAUGAGCCAUAAAAGGCAAUUGUAUGAGUCCAUUCUCAAAGGCAAAUACAAUAGCAGAAUAUAAGCCAGAAAAAGAUUGUGUUCUUAGGGGUUAGAGAUGGCAGAGGGGAAGGGCUCGAAUGAGAGGCCUUCCUGGUAGUGCUGGUUACAGGAUGAACAGAAAGGACAGUUGCAUGAGAUCAACAUUUGUAGGUGGCUUCUUGGUUUUGAAGUGCAGGCAGCAUGUAUAAGAUGUAGUUACUAAGGAAACAGUGACUGAUAUGUGGGACUUGAUUGUAUCAUCUUGUCAUUUCGUACAAACGUAGUUAUUUAAAAAGAAAAUGCUUUUAAGAAUAUGGGCGGCGGCAGCGGUGUUAGCGGCGGCUGCAGCAAAGCGUUUGGCGCCAUGUCUCACACCAUUUUGUUGGUACAGCCUACCAAGACACCAGAAGGCAGGACUUACGCUGACUAUGAGUCUGUGAAUGAGUGCAUGGAAGGUGUUUGUAAAAUGUAUGAACAACAUCUGAAGAGAAUGAAUCCCAACAGCCCCUCCAUCACAUACGAUAUCAGUCAGUUGUUUGACUUUAUCGAUGAUCUGGCAGAUCUCAGCUGUCUUGUUUACCGAGCUGAUACACAGACGUACCAGCCUUAUAACAAAGACUGGAUCAAAGAGAAGAUCUACAUGCUCCUUCAUCGACAGGCCCAACAGGCUGGGAAGUAGUUGAGUUGGAAGCAUUGGGGGCUGAGGGUGGGCUUGGAACAGGUGCAUAAAGUGUGCUGUAGUGAACAUUUUGUAUGAUAGUAAUCCUGUUUCCAUUUUGUUACUAGAGCCAAGAUUGAAUGUAUGACAUGAUAGUGAAUGAUCUUUUCAUUCUGAAACCACCAUUGCCCCUUUGCUCCUUUCCUUUCUUUUUUUACUUAAACAUUUUUAUGGUAAUUCAGAGAGAAAGUGGUCUUUGCCAGUUAAGGUUGGUUCCAGUCCUGGAAACUGUUUGUAUCUGCUUUACAGCAGUGAGUGCACUAACCCUUUGUGGGGUUAGGGAUGGUGACAAGCUUAGUUAUGUCCUCUGGGAAAGUCUUAGUGAAAAAUAAAAAAUGUUCUGUAAAAAAAAAA